CUUAGGACCCGUGCCCACGGCCGCUCGUCUAGUGAGAUCCGUGACAGCUCAGAUAUAAACGGCUUUCUGAUUGGUCGCCUAUUAUCACGUGCCAUGUUGAUAUAGAAAAUGGGGUGGUCUGGCUUGCCUAGAGUAUGUGAAGUAAACGAGCAGAAAUUAUUUACAACCAAAUCACCGAAAAUUAAUGAUCAUGAGUUCGUUUUUGAUGAACCCGGGACCGUACACUGAGCCUAAGUUUCCACCGACGGACGAGUAUUCACAGUCAAACUAUAUUCCUCCACAUAGUUCGGAAUAUUAUCGUCAAACUUAUCAACCACAGAUUCCUAACUAUGGUUAUGAUCCCAUACAGGACAGCAGACGUUACAGCGAUGACAAGUACACACCAAACCUCUAUAAUGGGUGUGGAAGUAGUGAUUCUGUGUCCCCCACCCAUCCUUCAUCCCCCGCUCCAGCGCAUUCUGGAGGGGGACCUGGAGGUGGUAUUCUGAGCGGAUUCAAUCAGCCAGCAGCACCCUCCCCAAGUCCCCCGGCUGUACCGUCACCUGACGAACAACCUUCAAAAAUGUCACAAAGUAGUUCUUGUGUAGAACAGGACUCUGAUGGACAACCAGUGAUUUACCCGUGGAUGAGAAAAAGUCAAGGAAAUAAUCCUACAGGAACAAACAAUAUAAUAUCAGAAUCCAAAAGAAACAGGACAGCCUACACGCGACAUCAGAUCCUUGAGUUGGAGAAGGAAUUCCACUUCAAUAGGUACCUCACAAGGAGACGCCGUAUCGAAAUAGCUCACACAUUAUGUUUAUCAGAAAGACAAAUUAAAAUCUGGUUUCAAAACAGAAGAAUGAAAUGGAAGAAAGAACACAAACUGCCAAACACGAAAACACGGCUUAUGGACGCCACGAACUCGCCUCUUGAGCCGUCACAUCACCAUUUUGUUCACAGCAUGGCGGCGCUUGCAGAACUAACACCAAUCUAGUCAGAGUCUACUUUCAGUUAUCUUCCGGUUUUUGUUACAAGAACUUCGGACAUUGUGACCAUUCCUCUGCUGACCAUCUUGUGAUUGAAACUGGAUGUAACAACCAAAAUACCAAAGAUUUAAUAUGUAACUUGACGAAAACCUCGGGGUGUAGUAAACGUGUGUGCGAUAUGUGAAAACGGAGUUGUGUAAAUAGUGAAUAUGUGCAUAAUAAUUUAUGAGUGAGUCUGAACGUUAUUAUACCCUAAUGUACAUUGUAGUUUAUAAGUGUUAAAACAGUAUUGGAGAAAAUGUGAAUUCCCUGUGUUAUCUACAAACUUACAUGAAUAACUUUAUACUUUUAGUAAAAAAACAGUACAUGACGGCUGUGUAGUUGUGUAGCGUACAAGUGGUCAUUCUGUGUUCUACAAGUUUUUUCUAUAUUAUUUCCAUUUUAUAUCCAUUUAGAUAUUUUAUAAAAUCAUGUACACACAUUGUGGUGUUAAGUUGUGUCAUUUCAACCAAAUUAUUUCCUCUUAGAACCAAUCCUUAAUAUUGACGUCCAUAUUUGUUUUUUAUAAGUAUUCUUCUUAAAUCCAGUUAUAUCAUAAUGUCGACAUACUCUUUGCAAACAAAUGUUAAUUAUACUGCUGUGAUAUUUUCAACAAAUGUGAAACAGAAAACGCCUGUAGGGGUAAUCUUUGCGGGGAAGAUAUCUUAAGUAUAGGAGAAAUAGCAGAGCACUUAAUCAUCAACGUUUCUGGAGUUCCUAAACCAAUGUUUUCCAUUAGCAUUAAAAGAAUACAAAUUGUAUAUGACGACCACCAGUUAUUUAUUUUCUAAUGCGUUUGUUUCAUAUCUAAUGCAAUAUAUUUCAUAUUGGGUAAAUAACACUUCAGAUGAUAAAGGUAUGAAAUACAGUAUCAGUUUAUCACGUCAUCAAAAUUCCUGGGCAAUUUAAUGUCCGCUGACCAAAUAACUGUUUUCAUUAUCAACAAAUCAAUUUUGCUCUGAUUAAAGUUAAUUUGAUACAAAUUACACCAAAUAAAAUAGUUAUUGUUACAACGAAGUUUAAUAUCUAAUAUGAAUUGUCAUUAGAUGUUGAAAAUACAUUUUUGAUGAUAUCAAUAAAUUACUAAGUGCAAAAAGAAUGCAUCCAGUAAUUUCAUCUCAAUCUUUCUGUUUCAUCCAAAUCAACUAUGAUAUCGUCGAUAGUGCGUUCUCUGCUCCGUCGGCAGUUUUAUUCAAAUUGAUUAAUAUUUUUAGCAUUUUGCGUACCUAUCCAGUCACCUUCCAUGUAUGAACUAGACUCACCUGUAUGUACAAAUGCAGAAAAAAAAUCUUCGAAAUUUAAUUUCUGUUACGUUGCAAGAUGUAAAUGUCACGUAAAUCAAGGUAAAAUAAUAUAUGGCAUAACAUUGAAAUGGAAUUGACGUAAGAAUAUAUUACAAAUGAAAAAAAAUGCAGAUCCACCUGCACCAGCUAUUUCUAAUGGGCGUGUAAAAUGUAUUUAAAGCCAAAGUUUUGACGAUGAAUGAUAUAAUAGUAAUAAUAUAUGUAACGACAUUCGCAAUGAAUUAUAAUAUCUUAUGACUUACAUUAAAAAUUUUAUAUUUAGAUUCAGACAACUAAAUAUACGAAAUGAUUAUAUUUAAAAUAAAAACUGAAGAAAACCAAAGAUUUUUCCAAUUGUGUACUGUUAAGGGAUUAUUGCCUAUAUUUAAAUAAUAAAUGUCUUUUUCGAGGAGUUUCCUACAAUCUGAGAAUAUUUCUUUAUAUGUCUUCUUUGGAUGAAUAAAUCACUUAGACUAUGAUAAAUUAGAUUCCAUUGUUAUGACGUUUACAUAUGCUAAAUAUUUUUAAAAAAAUAUGACAAAUAUUUAUGUAACUAGAUCAUCUGGUAAACCCGAACAUGGUCAUAGAUAUAAUAUCAAAAUAUGACAUCUAUUCAUAGUAAAGUUACUGCAGAAUGUAUAAAGAACCUGUAUACGGUAUUUGACGACCGAGGAUAUAUGUUGGCACUUCAUUUAAUAGUUUAGUCGAUUUAAGUUGAUUAAGGAGUACUAUUUGUCGUUUUGUUAUUUGUUUCCCUGUAUCUAUUACAGGCUAAGUUGAUACCUCAAAUUUUCCUUGUCGAUUUUGUCUGAUUCCGAUUCUCGUUAGGUUUAUAUUACUUGUUUUCACCCUCAAUAAAUCCCCUACUGUGAAUAAAAAGUGUAAUUCGAAGUAA